UCGGUUUUAUGGCUUAGUGCUGAUUAACAUAUGAGAACUAAGAAGUUCUUUUCGAAUUAAACAAAAAAAUGGAAUUUUCUAUAAUUUUAUUUAUAACAUUUUUAAUAAGUGGAAGUUAUUCAUAUUCGGUUCUGGAUAAUGUUACUGUGUCUAGUGAUAUUUUAAAUGAAUUGUUUUAUCAAGAAAUUGAAAAUAAUCUUGAUUUACUGAGAAUUUCUUCUGCUCGUGAUGAUACUACUAAUUCGUAUGACUCGGAAAAAUGUAUUCACAGUUUAAGUGAGAUAAAACGACAAUUUCCAAGUACCAAAGUUUUACCAUUUAUCGAUUCUUGGGGCAAACUUCCUUCUGGCAUUUUACAUGGAAAUUUAUAUACUGUUGGAAAUUUUGAUCAAUGUGUACAAACAUCGGUGACUUUAACAGAAUCAUCCGGUCUUGUCGAGGGCCAAUAUUGCUUCUUGAGAGUUCCUCUUAAAAAUCAAAAACCUCAAAAUGAUGAGAUGCCAAUAUUUUUGGACGCACCAAUUCUAGAGGGUCGAGCUAGUUUGUCAAGUGCAAAAAUCAAUAUUGGAAUAUGUAUUCCGAAUAGUUGUAGCCCUGAAGUGGUUACUCCGAUUUUCGAAACAGCGGUUCGCAAGGCCUUCAAUGGAGCUUUGUCUGGAGUUUCUGUUCUCAAAUGUACAAAUGGCAAAAUACCACCAUUGAAAACAAUUAACAUUGUGGGAAUUGUUAUAUUUUCAAUAUUCGGUCUUUUGAUGAUCCUGAGUUCACUCUACGAGUUCUUCAUGAAAUAUUUUAAAAGAGAGCCAGUACCUGUGUUGUUGGCAUUUUCAGUACUUACCAAUGGAAGGAAAAUGUUCGCAAUUAACACUAAGAGGUCUCCAAAUACUAUCGACUGUCUCACAGGAAUACGUGUAUUUUCAAUGGUUUGGGUUGUUUACUGUCACACCUAUUUGAUAAGUCGUGCUAUUCCAGAAAUCAAUGGGCUCGACAAAUCUGAAUGGUUCAGAUCUUUAAUAUCGAUGCCCGUAGUAAACGGAACCGUUUCGGUAGACUCGUUCUUCUUCAUCAGUGGACUUUUGGUAGCGUGGAUCGGAUUUCGGGAAUUAGACAAAACAAAUGGAAAAUUAAAUAUCAUCAUGAUGUACGUUCAUCGUUAUAUUCGUCUCACGCCAGUUGUUGCUUCUGGACUUUUAUUUAUAUUUAGUUUAAAUGAAAUUAUCGGUACUGGACCAUUUAGACAAAGUACAAUUAAUUCGGAGAAAUGUAAAGGUGAUUGGUGGGGUAUUUUGUUGUAUAUGCAAAAUUAUUUCUUCAAAUCAAAGUGCUAUGGACGAACAUGGUAUUUAGCUAUUGAUUUCCAACUUUACAUCCUUUCGCCGCUGAUUUUGAUUCCAAUGUGGAAAUGGGGAAAGAAAUUCGCUCCCGUAUUGGUUGCUUUGGCACUCAUGUCAAUUGGGUGUGUUAUGACUGUCUACAUCACUUCAGGUUUCACUGAUCUUAGAGGUUUCUCAAACACAGAUGAAUGGAGUAAGACCUACACCCCAAUGCAUACGCGAUGCUCUCCUUGGUUGGUCGGUUUCGGUUUGGGAUACUAUAUGCACAUUAAUCGUAAUAGAACUUUCCGAAUUUCAAAGCUCGUUCAAAUGCUUGGAUGGAUUGCUUGUUUUGGAAUUUUCUUGGCAGUAUUAUUUGGGCCGUAUGACACAAUCAGACACCAUGCUGGCCAAGGAACAGUUUUCGAAACAGCAAUGUAUGAGGCAUGGAAACGUGUCUCAUGGUCAAUUGCUCUAGCUUGGUUGACAUUUGCUUGUCACUUUGGCUUCGGUGGCAUAAUUGAUUCGAUUCUGUCACAUCCAUUUUGGCAGCCAUUAGGACGUCUUACAUAUUCCCUGUACCUCUAUCAUAUGUUUGUUUUUCGAAUUAACUUUGGAACGAUGCGGACUUCAAUGUUUUUCUCAACUUAUAAUGAGUUUCUCUACUUUUGGAGUGGAUUGGGAGUAUCACUUAUGGUUGCCAUUGUGAUUUCACUUGCAUUUGAAUCUCCGGUUUUGGUUCUGGAGAAGUUUAUAUUUGGCAAUGGGAACUCCAAAAAGAAGCAACAACACAUUGAACCCACAACUUCACCAAAAGUUAUUGUAGAAAUACCGACAAAGGAUCAAUAGGCUUUUUAUAUAGAUUUUAAUUAAGCAACAAAAUUGUACCUUAUAGUUUAAUUAAUAAAAGAAAUGUUUUGU